GAUCUCUCUGAAACCUCUUCUUUCGUGGCGACGACGGGACGUGAAUUUUCUACGUACGUUUUUGUCAAUAUUCUCGAGAUUCUUCAAGAAUUUGGAUCGAAUUGCAAUAUCCUUUCUCGCUAUUGACAUCUCAACAUGACCAACUCAAAGGGUUACAGGCGUGGUACGAGGGACUUGUUCUCCCGCAAGUUCCGUAAACAUGGAACCAUUCCCCUGUCUACGUAUAUGAAAACGUAUAAGGUCGGCGAUAUUGUCGACAUUAAGGGAAACGGUGCUGUGCAAAAGGGUAUGCCGUAUAAAGUCUAUCACGGCAAGACCGGUCGCGUCUUUAACGUGACGGCGCACGCCCUGGGAGUCAUCGUGAACAAAAGGGUGCGCGGACGCAUCAUCGCCAAGAGGAUCAACGUACGCAUCGAACAUCUGAGCCAUUCGAAGUGCAGGGACGACUUCCUCAAGCGCGUCAAGGAAAACGAGAGGCUCAGGAAGGAGGCGAAGGAGAAGAAUAUUCGCGUCCAGUUGAAACGACAGCCAGCCGAACCGUCUAAAGCACAUAUUGUGUCCGGACGUGAAGCGCCCAUCUUACUCGCGCCUGUUCCAUAUGAAUUUAUUGCUUAAACUAUUGAAUAAACUAUAAAAAUUUUCAAAAUAAA